CGGGCAUGGGUUGGUUAUUGGAUACUACUACCAGCGAAGAGUGAUAGCUCGUACCCACUUCAUGUCUGUCCCGAUACCGCAGCCGCCCUCUGUACCAUUUCUCGGAAAUGUAUUCUCGAUUGACAAGGAGCUCCCUCUGGGCUCCUUCAGUCUGCUGGCCAAACAGUACGGCGAGAUUUACCAGUUGAACAUUAUCGGGAGGAGUGUCGUCUUUGUCAAUUCUGCCGAGUUAGUCCGAGAGGUUUCUAACGAUAAGAAAUUCCAAAAGAACGUCCCAGGAGCCCUCGCCGAAGUCAGGCGAGCGGCUGGGGACGGCCUGUUCACUGCCUAUGCAGAUGAGCCAAAUUGGGCCAUAGCGCAUAGACUGCUCAUGCCUGCGUUCGGCACGGCUAAUAUUAGGAAUAUGUUCGACGAUAUGAAGGAUAUAUGCUCGCAACUGGUUUUAAAAUGGUCUCGUUUCGGCCCCGACUAUGUCAUCAGUCCCACAGAGGACUUUACAAGACUGACCCUGGAUACUAUUGCACUAUGUGCAAUGAACUAUAGAUUCAACUCCUUUUAUAGUGAAACGUUGCCUCCGUUUUGCGAGGCUAUGACAGAUUUCUUGAAAGAAUGCAACGCCCGCGCAAAUCGCCCUGCAAUUGUGCAGUCUCUUAUGACGGGCGCGACCGCGAAGUUUGAAGCGGAUUGUAAGCACAUGGUCGAUGUCGCCAGCGAAAUCGUCAAACACCGCAGACUUCAUCCAAUCGAAAAGAAGGAUUUACUUAAUGCUAUGCUGUAUGGUAAGGAUCCCAAAACAGGACAAGGGUUAGGUGAUGAUGCCAUUACCAAGAACUUAAUCACGUUCCUCAUUGCUGGUCAUGAAACGACGUCCGGGAUGCUCUCUUUCACUACAUACCAUCUCCUCAAGAAUCCAGAGAAAUUGAUCCGUCUCAGAAAAGAAGUGGACGACGUUACGCAGGGUAACCCGAUAACGCUGGAGCAUCUCUCGAAACUACCCUAUCUCAAUGCUGUAUUAAGGGAAGCUCUCCGGCUGAACUCCACUGCAGCUUUACGCUCUGUGACAGCGCUGGAAGACUGUGUUCUGGCGGGCAAAUAUUCAAUUAAGAAGGGCCAAGGCAUCGCAAUCAAUAACCACGAGGCGCACCACGAUCCCAAAGUCUGGGGAGAAGAUGCAGACGAGUUCAAGCCCGAGCGCAUGCUCGAUGGGAAAUUCGAGGCCAUGCCGCCCGAAUCAUGGCAACCGUUUGGAUUCGGUAUGCGUGCCUGUAUCGGACGUCCUUUUGCGUGGCAAGAAGCGCUGCUCGUUAUGGCGACCAUCGUGCAGACAUUCGACUUGUCUUUCCACGACCCGAGCUAUAACUUGGAAGUCAAGCAGGCAUUGACACUCAAACCAAAGGAUUUCUACAUUCAUGCCAGUCUUCGGUCGAAUGCGGCCCACCUCCUGUCGACACCUUCGUCGAGCCUCCUUGCGGGUCGGUCGACAGCGAAAGACCUCACCCCUACUAGUGCACCUGUAGAGUCUGACGAUGGAAAGCCUCGGCCGCCAUUGUACGUACUCUAUGGUAGUAACACGGGUACGUCGGAGUCCUUCGCGCAAAGAAUAGCGUCGGACGCCAGUUCUCAUGGAUUCAAGGCUUCAAUCGGCACGCUAGACCAGUCGGUUGGGAGGGUCUUCAAGGAUGGCCCUGUCGUCAUCAUCACAGCUUCGUUUGAAGGUCAGCCGGCGGACAACGCUGCGCAAGCUGUUCAGUGGCUUGAACAAGGUGCGACAGACACUGAGUUCGAAGGACUCAAGUACGCUUUAUUCGGCUGCGGGAAUAGGGACUGGGUUCGCACUUAUCAGCGGAUACCGAGAUUGGUUGACGAGCUGCUGGAGAAGAAGGGGGGAAUGCGACUACUGCCGCGAGGGGAGGGCGAUGCGGCAGGGAGCACCUUCUUUGAGGAUUUUGAUGCCUGGGAAGCUGAGCUUUGGAGCACUCUCACUAAGGAGUACAACACUGUAUCGGAACAGGUGGAGGAAAGCUUGAAAGUAGAGACCACCACGUCCGGGACGACCCGAGCUUCCGACUUACGCCAACCUGAUGCAAAGCUCGGCACUGUUACACAGAAUAAGGUUUUGACCAAACCCCCCGCCUCUGGGGUCAAACGGCACAUCGAGUUCGCUCUUCCAGAGGGAAGCUCCUACAGAGCGGGAGACUACCUUGCUAUACUCCCGGUCAAUCCGAUGGAGUUGGUGAAACGCGCACUAGCUCACUUCAACUUGUCCGCGGAAGAAGAAGUCACGAUCUCUUCUAGCAGUCCCAGCACACUUCCUUUGAACAGGCCCAUCAACGUUCAGUCUUUACUGAGCGGCUAUGUCGAACUAUCUCAACCGGUUAGCACUAAGGACCUGCAGGUUCUGUCGAGUCAAGCGAGCGAUCCUGCGACAAAGUCCAAGCUUGAGGCGCUCACGUCGGACUACAAGGCUUCAGUGCUCGAGAAACGUAUAAGUCUUCUCGAUAUCCUGGAGUCCUACAGGGAUAUCCAGAUGCCAUUCACUACGUUCCUCAAGCUUCUGCCGCCAAUGCGUAUACGUCAAUACUCAAUCUCCUCAUCUCCUCUCGCCGAUCCGGAACACGCUACCUUGACGGUUAGCAUCGUCGAAGGCGCGCCGAUUCCGGGACAUCGGGACGUACCCUUCCUUGGUGUUGCGUCCAAUUAUCUUGCGCGCCUCCGGCCGGGGGAACGAGUGCAAUUGAUGGUCAAAGCGUCAGCGACGCAGUUCCACCCACCUUCCGAUCUGUCCGUCCCGAUUCUCAUGUUCUGCGCUGGUUCUGGAUUGGCUCCGAUGCGAGGCUUCAUCCAAGAACGAGCAAAGCAGAAGGAAUCGGGGAGAGAAGUGGGGCCGAUGUACCUCUUCUUCGGAUGCAGAUCUCCAGAGGAAGACUACCUAUAUGCUGAGGAUGACCUCGCAGAGUGGGUGAAGAUGGGUGUCGUGGAUGUUCGACCUGCAUUCUCUAGGGCAAGCGAGAAGUCCGAAGGGUGCAAAUAUGUCCAGGAACGCAUAUGGCACGACCGGGAAGAUGUCCGAAAAGCCUAUGAUGCCGGAGCCAGGUUUUACGUUUGCGGCUCCCGCAAGGUGGCGACGGGUGUGAGGAACGUAUGCAUUGACAUUUUGAAGAUGGUGCAGAACUACAGCGAAGAGGAGGCACAGCAGGCAUGGGAAAGAGUCGAGCAAGAGCGGGGAGCUAGCGACAUUUUUGAGUAAUUUAGAAGGUUCGCACUAUAUACAUUUCCCGUAAUGAUAUAUCCCCCGACUGAACACAUCUGUGAUCUUUGACAUGAGGAAUAUGUAACCUUGAAUCCCUACUGCAGUGAAUAUUGUUUAUUGAAUGGAACUUACUUGCAGGCGAAGAUUUGCAUUGGAUAGACUCAUGACCAACUUGGAGUGUCUUGGGAUGUCUUCCAGUGCCGCCUCGACCUAUGUCUAGACGGG